UGGGCUCAAAAGUACGAGAUUCCGGCGUGGUAGAUGCGAGAACUGUCGAUCCGAUCAUGAUAUGAUUCUGUGGUGAUUGAAUACGCUGAACGCAGUAGAUGGUCGAGGAGAGGAGAGGGAGAAGAAGAAGAAGGGAAAGACGAGAGAGACGAAGAAUGCGGGGAGACGUCAUUCGAUCGCUCCUCCACUCGUCCGCCGUCGUCCCCAAGACACCAACCCUCCCAGGAUUCCAUCCAGACAGACUCCAUUCCGAAUGCGACGCCAACUGCUGCAACUCCACCGUUCUUUCAUCGCGUCACAUCGGCUCGUCUCGUCACUCCCGAUGACCUCGUCCGGCGGCAAGAAGACUUCGGUGCCUCAUCUGGAGCGCACGGCUGCUGAGCCCCGACAGAACCGACUCUACAAUGUGCAUCUCUCCCAUAUUGAACAGGUCAAUCCAUCGGUUCGACUUUUCCAGUUAGCCAUUCCCCCUCAGAAUGUAGAGACCCCCGAGUCGGAUGAUGCCGAGUCCUCUGCUCCUCAACCAUUCUCCUUUCUCCCUGGCCAAUGGCUAGACGUGCAUAUCCCGUCCGUCUCCCGCGCCGGUGGGUUCAGCAUCACCUCCACACCCGCCGAUGCUCAGGUGUUGCCAGCCCCAGAGCCAGCGACUGAGUUCUCCACCGGAGGUGAGGACGAGGCUGGGCUCUCUGCCAUUGAAUCUCAAGGAAGACCCCCUUACGUAGAGCUGGCGGUUCAGCACGCACCGGAAAAUCCGGCCAGUGCUUGGCUCUGGCAGCCCCAAAGUGAAAUCCAAGGGAAGCAAUUGACCGUCCGCGUCGGAGGCAGCUUUGUAUGGCCCCCGUCGGGACUCAAUCUUGAAGGAGUUCGGAAUGUGACCUUGAUUGCUGGUGGGAUGGGUAUCAAUCCCAUCAUCUCCAUCCUUUCCCACCUGAACAACAAUGUCGAUGAGAUCACAGCUCUGCAACACCCCUUCAACAUUCACCUCUUAUACUCCACCAAGUUGCCCCCAUCGACUGAUACAUCCACGGCAUCUUCCGAAUCAUACCUUGCCCAGGUCCUCUUCCUCUCGCGACUCCGUCAGAUCAUCCGCGGUCAAUCACAAUCCCGUCGUCUACGGAUCUCUCUCAACCUCUUUCUUACCAAUCUGUCCAGCGAUCAAUCCAGCCUGCUACAGGAGAACCCGGCAGAACUCACGGUUCAUUCGCGCCGAAUUAGCGAGAGUGAUUUGCAGAAGACUCUAACGGGAUCAGAUGGAAAAGCCAAUCCCAAUGAUACAGUAUACUACGUGUGUGGCCCGCCAAAGAUGACGGAUGAAUUGGUGAAUGUCUUAGGGGGUUUGGGCUCGACGAAAGAAAAUGUGUUCUUCGAGAAGUGGUGGUGAUCUUUCUGAGUCUUGCGGAUUUCUUGGUCUGGUUCUGCCGGGGAAGGAUAUCUCGGUGUACAUCUUUUUAAUACAUACUACAUUCCAGAGACAAGAUUCACAGAUGUCA